AUGAUAAAGACAGGACUUAGGGUAGAAGAAAUGGGAACAAAGGAUGUUGGUGGGUCGGUUGAAAGUGAUAGCUUGCGGUUAGAGCAGGAGGAAGAGGUGGUGGUGAUGGGACUUAAAUUUAUUUUGGUUGAUCAGAAUGUGGGGGUUUGCCGUGGUUGGAGAAGAUGGCUCUCUGAAGCAAACAGCAAUGUUGAGGUGAGAAAUUGCGCGUUGGAUCAAGCGUUCGGGAAGGAUGAUAAUGAGGAUGGGUUUGGUGUAAGGAGGGCGAUAGUUUCUCCAGGGAACUCCUUUGGUUAUUUAGGGGGUGGGUUUGAUCUGGGGAUACAGGAGUUCUUCGGAGGUUUAGAGUUUGAGGGAUAUGUGAGAGAGCAUUUGGGAUUCAGGUACAGGCCUGUUGGGCAGACGAGCGUUAUUCCGUUGAGUAAGAGGUUUGAGAAGAAGGGUUUCAAGUAUUUGAUCCACGCACCUACUGUCGUGACACCGAUAUUUCCGUUUGAUGCCAGUCGGUCUAUUGUGGCUUGUGCACAAACUGUGUUCGAUGUUAUUUGGAAUUUACUUGAAUCUAUUCCCGAAGACGUUGAGGAGUUGAUCCUACCCGGGCUAGGUACUGGGUAUGUUGGGAUCCCGCCUGAGAUCUCGACUAUUUCUAUGGCAUUUGCAGUGCGGUUGUAUUUGGCAGGUGGUAAGAUCUCACAAGAACUAAAAAAUGUGUUAAUCAUGUUGUUCCUAGAUCAAAAAUAUAGGCCUUUUAUUCCUGAUAAGUGUCGUGUAGAAGCUGAGAAGUUAGGUCUAAAUUGGGACAAGAUAUCGGCAUUUGAUGUUCGUACGAGUUCGCUAGAUAAGCUUCUUCCAAUGAAUAUAUGUAUUUGA